AUGCCCAGCAGAAUGAAAUCUGAAUCUCAUUGCCUCCCUCCUUUGGGAGCCACCAUUUCACGCACCGAGCUCAUGGGCAACAUACCUCAGAACCAAGAACGCACAGCCAUGACCACGAUCCAUCCUAAAAGAUUUGCUCAGUUGGUGAGGAAGUGGCAAAGGGUCAGGACAACAUCCAGCGACAACGAAGCAGGCUGCACGACACCACAGGUCACAGAUAAAGGCCACUGCGCGGUGUACAUGGCCAAUGCCAGGAGGCUUAAGUUCUCCUUGACUUGCCUCACCAAGACAAUCUUCGGCGAGCUGCUAAGCAUGCCCCAGGAGGAGUUAGGGUUUACAUGCGAUGGCAGGAUCACAUUGCCCUUCGAUGCAGCGGUGAUGGAGUAUGUCAUGUGCUUGCUCAGAAGAAAUGCAUCAGAGGAAGUAGAGAGGCCGUUCCUGAGCUCUAUAGUGAUGCCUUGCCAACAUCCAAGCAGUACGGUGUCACUGCACCAGCAGCUUGCAGUCUGUAGCUCCUGA